CUUCCGUCCACACAUUAAUUAUUAUCCUCAUUGCGCUAUGUUUAGCGGUGUUCCUCGCCGCCGUAGACGCUACGCUUAUUACUGCUGCCCUACCUACAAUAGCUCGAGAACUCGGUGCCUCCGACGCGGGUUUCGCGUGGAUCGGAUCUUCAUACCUGCUCGCCUUAGCAGCUGCGGCCCCGUUUUGGAGUAAAGUGAGCGAUAUCUUCGGCCGGAAGCCGAUCCUGCUUCUCGCCAAUGUUAUUUUCCUCGUUGGCAGCCUUAUAGCAGCGCUUUCAAAUGGCUUAGGUAUGCUUAUUGCUGGGCGGGCUAUCCAGGGGACUGCAGCGGGUGGUUUGAUUACGCUGGUCGAGAUAUCUGUGGGAGACAUGUUUAGCCAGAGGGAGCGAGGCCUCUUCUACGGGAUAUACGGAGCCGUCUGGGCGGUCGCAACGGCUAUUGGGCCCCUCAUUGGCGGCGCAUUCACUGAGAGAGUUACUUGGAGGUGGUGUUUCUGGUUCAACCUUCCGUUCGACGGGCUUUCCCUUAUCAUCACCACAAUUUUCCUCCAUAUUCAAAAUCCCAGGACCCCCUUAAUACAAGGCUUUCUAGCUAUUGAUUGGAUUGGGUCUUUUCUUGUUGUCGGCGGGACUCUCAUGUUCCUCCUCGGUUUGGACUUUGGUGGGGUUAUGUUUCCCUGGGGUUCUGCAACCACGGUGUGUCUUCUGGUCUUCGGAAUCGUGGCAUAUGGACUCUUUGGCGUCUAUGAACACUAUGCGCGUUAUCCUACUAUACCUCGUCGAAUAUUCGGAAGCGUAUCGCUGGUAUCGACUUUCGCCGUUAUAUUCAUACAUGGCGCUGGUUUUGUGGGGCCCAUCUACUUUCUUCCGCUAUACUUCCAGGAUGUCUUGGGCACUACCCCUAUUCUCUCCGGUGUUUGGUUGCUGCCCUUGGCUGUCUCAUUUACGGUGUCUGGUGUGAUCAUGGGGAUUUUCAUCAAGCGUACCGGCCAUUACCUUUGGAUCAUUCGUGGAAGCAUGGCAAUUCUCACACUCUCCCUUGGCCUCUUCAUCACAUAUGGGCCGCAAAUUGACUGGCCGCGUAUAAUUAUCUUUCAGAUCAUCCUCGCGGCGGGCGGUGGUGCCAACAUGCAAACACUCUUGAUCUGCGUGCAGGCUUUGGUUGCACCUGAAGAUAUUGCUGCUGCCACGGGUGCUCUGAAUUUCAUCCGCAAUCUCGCAUAUGCCGUCAGCAUCGUCCUAGGCCAGGUGAUCAUCCAGGGUAUUCUGGCUACUCAUAAGAACGAACUAUUGGCCUCAGGCAUUCCGAGCGAGACUGUAUCGCGACUUAUCAACGGCGCGGCUAUUUCCGGAGCAGCUGAUGUGAAGUUGUUUACUCCGACUCAGAAAGAUGCAUAUGAUCGGACUUUCUCCGACUCUUUAUCCAAGAUGUAUAUUUUCUAUACUGCUCUAUGCGGCGCUGGGUUUCUCAUUACAUUUGGGAUCCGCAAUAAGGAGCUUAUGACUUCUCAUGAGCAGACUCAGACGGGUCUUGAGGCGGAAGAAGCAAAGCGACAGAAGAACUUACGCGCUAAAGCUGACGCUGGAGGGGUUGGGUUGAAUGGUCGAAGGGCUGAAGAAGCAUGAAUCGAAAAGGAGACCGAUUGUAAUAUGACACGGAAUGGCGAUAGACUUGAAAGAGACUGGAUUGAAGGUUAUAAAAAAGUAAUCGAAUACCUACGUACAUUGUAGUAAUAGAAAUUCGACAUUAUCUCGGGAGGGUGUAAUAUUUGUAUCUGUUGAAUCGUAGGGUCUCUGGACUUUUUAGGUAGGAUGAGGGGUGUAUUGGAACUACAACUAUCUGAAACUGGUUGAAGAAUUUAGGUGAAGACGUUGAAAUAUUAAGUGAGUAGAUAGAACAGAGCAAUUUCAUAUAGGUAGGUAGGUAAGUAGCUGGAUGGACGCGUUUCGUAUAAUUCUUUAAGCUUGUAUAUAUGACCAAGUGUUAAUUUGAAGAAAUAAAGUGAUAACGUCGUCGUUACGAAAGGAUGCGGUUCAGUUCGUUGUACCUGAAGAAAGCGUCGAGCACCUAAUUUUGUACGGAUUUAGGGGUUAAGAGUGCUGAUGACUAACUGUAUUUCCACCCUUGUUAGAAGGUCCCAAUGGCCCUCACGCCUGGAACUAUUUUUCAUCA